AUGGGCUCAACAGAAGCCGCCGGCUGGAGACCCCUAAGCGUAGGCAUAAUCGGCGGCGGCAUCGGCGGCCUCUCAACAGCCAUCGCACUCCGGCGCGCAGGCCACAUGGUCACAAUCUACGAGCGCAACGACUUCGCCGGCGAAGCAGGCGCAUCCGUCUCCUGCGCCGCCAACGGCACCCGCUGGCUCCAUGAAUGGGGUGUCGAUGUAGAGAAGGGCGAUCCUGUUGUGUUGAAGAAGCUCAUCAACCGGGACUGGACGACGGGGGAGCCGGAGGAGGGUGAGGGGAUGCCGGUGAAGUUGCUGGUGAACCAUCCGUGCCAAAGUAUACACCUCCCAACCAACCAAAUCACCUUCUCCAACAACACCACCGUCCGCCACGACCUCAUCAUCGGCGCCGACGGCAUCGGCUCCGUCACUCGCAAGAUCAUUGGCCUGAACCCGGAGAAACGCCCCGCAGAAUCCAGCUGCCUGCACGCCAACGUUCUUCGAAAAGACAUCCAUAAACUCGGCCUCGAAGACUACUCUCUCAACAGCGCACUAGAGUACUGGGGCGGCCAGGAAGGCAAGUGGGACAAGAUCGUCCUCUCCCCUUGCAACGGUGGCGAACUUCUCUCAUAUUACUGCUUCUUCCCGCGCGAGAAAGGCGACUAUGCGAAUCAGACGUGGGGAGGCGCCGAUUUGCCCGUCGAAGAACUGCUUGCUCCGUACCCUGAGCUCGAUGAGAAGGUCAAGGCUCAUCUUGCUAUUGGGAUUGAGGUAAGGCCGUGGCGGCUUUGGGUUCAUCAGCCUUAUCCGUAUGUUGUCAAGGACUGUGUCGCGUUGAUUGGCGAUGCUGCACAUCCGAUGAUGCCACAUCAAAGUCAAGGAGCUUGCAUGGCGAUAGAAGACGCGGCUGCAUUGGGCAUUCUCUUCAGCAAGAACUACUUCCGGGGAGACGUGCAGGAGUCGCUCGCAGUCUACGAGAAAGUCAGACUACCUCGCGCAACAAAGGUUCAGGCUUCAGCUGCGAAAGCGGCGUCCAAUAUCAACGAACGCAUUGGCUUCAGCAGCAAUACAUCAAUGGCGAACUACAAGGUAGAGGACGAGGCGAAGAAGUUGACCAUUGAAGAGAUGAACGCCUACGAUAUGUACAAGGAUAUCGACCAAGCUUUUGCGGAGAUGGAUGGAGUGGCAUAUACCGACAGAUACGUGAGAGGGUUGCCUUUUGGGCUGCGGUUGUCGAACGGGAUUCAAAUUGCUGGCAAUGCCAGACUGUAG